UAUGUAAACGACGCCAAGCGAACAGGCGCGGUCCUACACUCUGAUUGGAGGAAGACUUUGUGGGCGUGGCAUAGCAUACAGACGCGCUUUCCGAUAAGGAAAGCGUGCUUCAUUCUGUCAUCUAAAGAGGAGCGCGUUCACGCUAAAGCUUCUUUGAAGAUUAAAGAAGAAUUGUGUCCAUUGCAGCCAGAGAGCUCCAUUGAUUUUUGUUGCAAACACCCAUAAAACAGACACAGAAUGGAUAGAGCAGACUUGGUCCUCAAGGCCAAAUUGGCUGAGCAAGCUGAACGUUAUGAAGAUAUGAUGGCAAUUAUGAGUAGGGUGACCAAGACUAACCAGGAACUCUCUAAUGAGGAAAGGAACUUGCUGUCUGUUGCCUAUAAGAACGUGGUGGGUACACGCAGGUUGGCCUGGCGGGUCAUAUCCAAUGUUGAGAGCAAUGCUGAAGAGAGUGACAAGAAGCCUGAGGUGGUUAAAUUAUACCGGGAGAAAGUGGAGUAUGAACUCCGAGAUAUCUGCAAGGAUGUACUGGAGCUGCUGGAUAAAUAUCUAAUUGAAAAUACCACAAGUUCUGAAAACAAGGUUUUUUACCUGAAGAUGAAAGGAGACUAUUUCAGAUACCUUGCUGAAGUGGCCCCUAAAGAUGACAAGUCUGCUAUAACAGACUCUCAGAGAGCCUACCAAGAGGCAUUCGAGCUGAGCAAGAAAGAGAUGCCACCGACACACCCCAUCCACCUGGGCCUCGCCCUGAACUUCUCUGUCUUCUACUACGAGAUUCUUAACUCUCAUGUAGAAGCUUGCUAUCUCGCCAAAGAGGUACUUGAAAAGGCCACAGCAGAGGUCAAUUCACUUAACGAAGACUCGUAUAAAGACAGCACCAUCAUCAUGCAGCUGCUAAGAGACAACCUCACAUUAUGGACAUCUGACGGAGAGGAAAGACAGCAGAGCUGAAGCAUUCAUGACUUUAGAUUAUCCGUGGAGGACAAACGAUCUAUUAGGAUGAAAGUCAUUCAUUUUGAAAUUCAUCAACUCGCACAGCACACACCUCGUGCUGCUAUUUAAGCUAUGUUAUGGUUUAUACUAUUGAUAGUCACUCAAAGUACUAAUGCUCCUAAUGCAAAAGAAAAAAAAAGAAAAAUAUCUCAAGAUUCUCAUAUUGGGAAAAUGUAAGAAUUUACAUUUAUACCAGUAGAUUUGGAUUUGGUAUAAUAUGAUCAUUUUUAUAUUAUUAGCUUUGAUGUGGUGCCAUUUGUUGUCAUUUCUUAAAGUAAUCAAAUAGCAAAUGCUGAAUUUUUUGCUUUGAUUUUUUUAUGUAUACAUACACACACGCACACUAAUAUAAAAUAAUUAACUAAUAAUAACAUUUCUAACUGGAAAACAAAAGCAACAGCAAUUUAAAAAACCCUGAAUGUCAAAAUGUUUUCAAUAAAACUGAGGAGACAGAAGACUCUGAGGUCUUUAAACUGAAUUGUA